AUGACGAACAUUGCUUUACCUGGUAUACUUGAAAAGAUGACUGGGAAGGAUAAAGAUUACAGAUAUAUGGCCACAUCUGAUUUGCUUAAUGAGUUGAGCAAACCUACAUUUAGGGCUGAUGCUGAUCUUGAAGUUAAAUUGAAAAAUAUCAUCAUACAACAGCUUGAUGAUGCUGCUGGUGAUGUUUCUGGACUUGCUGUUAAAUGCCUUGCUCCAUUAGUGAGGAAGAUGAAUGAGGCAAGGGUUGUGGAAAUGAGCAGUCAAUUAUGCGAGAAAAUACUAAAUGGGAAGGAUCAACAUCGAGACACUGCUAGCAUAGCUUUGAAGACUGUUGUUGCUGAAGUUUCUACUCAACCCCUUGCACAAUCUAUUCUUUGUCUUCUCUCGCCACAAUUGAUUAAAGGAAUUACUAGCAAAGAUAUGAGCACAGAGAUUAAAUGUGAAUGCCUGGAUAUUUUAUGUGACGUCCUUCAUAAAUUUGGGAAUCUAAUGGCGGCCGACCAUGAACUAUUGUUAAGUUCCCUGCUUUCGCAGUUGAAUUCUAACCAAGCUACUGUGCGUAAGAAGACUGUUGCUUGCCUUGCAUCUCUUUCUUCAAGUUUGUCAGAUGAUUUAUUGGCAAGGGCAACAGUUGAAGUUGUUACCAAAUUGAAAUAUAAAGCUGUCAAGUCUGAUAUGACUCGUACAAAUAUACAAAUGAUUGGUGCUAUAAGUCGGGCAGUUGGCUACCGAUUUGGACCCCAUCUUGGAGAUACAGUUCCAGUCCUAAUUAACUAUUGUACUACUGCCUCAGAAAAUGAUGAAGAGCUUCGUGAGUACAGUUUACAGGCUCUAGAAAGCUUUCUCCUAAGGUGUCCAAGGGACAUUUCUGUUUAUUGUGAUGAAAUUCUUCAUCUGGCACUAGCAUAUCUUAGUUAUGACCCAAACUUUACUGACAACAUGGAGGAGGAUACCGACGAUGAAGGUCAUGAAGAGGAGGAGGAUGACGAGAGUGCAAAUGAAUAUACUGAUGAUGAAGAUGCCAGCUGGAAGGUUCGCAGAGCCGCAGCUAAAUGCUUAGCCGCAUUGAUUGUUUCUCGUCCUGAGAUGCUUUCAAAGCUGUAUGACGAGGCUUGUCCUAAACUGAUUGACAGAUUUAAAGAGAGAGAAGAGAAUGUCAAGAUGGAUGUAUUUAACACUUUCAUUGAGCUCUUGCGUCAGACUGGAAAUGUCACGAAAGGGCAGACUGAUGCAAAUGAAACGAGUCCUAAAUGGUUGUUGAAGCAAGAACUGUCAAAGAUUGUCAAAUCUAUCAAUAGGCAGUUGCGGGAGAAAUCUAUCAAAACAAAGGUUGGUGCCUUUUCUGUUUUGAAAGAACUCGUGGUUGUCUUGCCCAACUGUCUUGCAGACCACAUUGGUUCACUCAUUCCUGGAAUUGAAAAAGCAUUAAAUGACAAAUCAUCUACCUCAAAUUUAAAGAUUGAAGCCCUAAUAUUUACAAGAUUGGUAUUAUCUUCGCAUUCUCCUGAUGUUUUCCACCCUUACAUCAAGGCUCUUUCUGCUCCUGUGUUAUCAGCUGUUGGUGACCGAUAUUACAAGGUCACAGCAGAGGCCUUAAGGGUGUGUGGAGAACUUGUUAGUGUUGUGCGACCUAACAUUGAGGGCUCUAGUUUUGAUUUCAGACCAUAUGUCCAUCCCAUAUAUAAUGGCAUUAUGUCGCGCUUAAUAAACCAAGAUCAGGAUCAGGAGGUAAAGGAAUGUGCUAUCUCCUGCAUGGGCCUCAUUGUGUCAACAUUUGGCGACCAUCUUAAUGCAGAACUACCUGCAUGCCUUCCUGUGCUUGUUGAUAGGAUGGGGAAUGAGAUAACCCGACUUACAGCUGUCAAGGCAUUAGCCGUAAUUGCCACUUCUCCACUCCGGGUAGAUCUGUCAUGUGUCCUGGAGCAGGUAGUAGCAGAGUUGACUGCAUUCCUACGAAAAGCCAAUCGUGCACUAAGGCAGGCAACCUUGGGAACCUUAAAUUCACUCAUAGUUGCUUAUGGUGAUAAGAUUGGUUUAUCUGCCUAUGAAGUUAUUAUUGUAGAACUGUCGGGACUAAUUAGUGAUUCUGACUUGCAUAUGACGGCUCUUGCCUUGGAACUAUGCUGCACACUGAUGGGUGAUGAGAGAUCAAGUCAAAGCGUUGCAUUGGCUGUUAGAAAUAAAGUUCUUCCCCAAGCUCUAACAUUAAUAAGAAGCUCAUUGCUGCAGGGGCAAGCACUUUUGGCCUUACAAAACUUUUUUGCUGCUUUAGUCUAUUCUGCAAACACAAGUUUUGAUUCUCUGCUGGAGUCACUGCUUGCAUGUGCCAAGCCUUCUCCACAAUCUGGUGGCAUUGCUAAACAAGCAUUGCAUUCGAUUGCUCAAUGUGUGGCUGUUCUAUGCCUUGCCGCCGGUGAUCAGAAGUGCACAUCUACUGUGAAAAUGCUCACUGACAUUCUCAAGGAUGACAGCAGCCCCAAUUCAGCUAAGCAGCACCUUGGGCUUCUAUGUUUGGGAGAAAUUGGUAGAAGGAAGGAUCUAAGCAUACAUGCACAUAUAGAAAAUGUUGUAAUCGAGUCUUUCCAAUCACCUUUUGAAGAGAUAAAGUCUGCAGCCUCUUACGCCCUUGGUAACAUUGCUGUUGGUAAUCUUCCCAAGUACUUGCCAUUUAUCUUGAAUCAGAUUGAUAAUCAGCAGAAGAAACAAUAUCUCCUGCUUCAUUCUUUGAAAGAGGUAAUUGUGAGACAGUCUGUAGAUAAAGCAGAGUUCCAAGAAUCUAGUGUGGAGAAAAUACUCAAUUUGCUCUUUAACCACUGUGAAAGUGAGGAAGAGGGGGUGCGCAAUGUCGUGGCCGAGUGUCUGGGAAAAAUUGCGCUUAUUGAACCUUUAAAACUUGUUCCUGCCCUCAAGGUACGAACAAGCAGUCCAGCUGCAUUUACUCGGGCUACCGUUGUUAUAGCUGUGAAGUACUCUAUAGUUGAACGUCCAGAGAAGAUAGAUGCGAUCAUAUACCCUGAAAUAUCAUCAUUUCUGAUGCUUAUCAGGGAUAAUGACAGGCACGUUAGGCGAGCUGCUGUCUUGGCUCUGAGCACAUUUGCGCACAAUAAACCAAACCUCAUCAAGGGGCUUCUUCCUGAUCUAUUGCCUCUUCUUUAUGAUCAAACAAUUGUAAAGCAAGAACUGAUAAGGACAGUUGAUCUUGGCCCUUUCAAGCAUACUGUGGAUGAUGGGCUUGAAUUGAGGAAGGCAGCUUUUGAAUGUGUAGACACAUUGCUGGAUGGUUGUCUUGAUCAGCUGAACCCCUCAUCAUUCAUUGUUCCUUAUCUUAAAUCUGGUUUGGAUGAUCAUUAUGAUGUUAAAAUGCCUUGUCACCUGAUUCUUUCAAAACUGGCGGACAAGUGUCCUUCUGCAGUCUUGGCAGUAUUGGAUUCAUUGGUGGAUCCUCUCCAGAAGACUAUCAACUUUAAGCCAAAGCAAGAUGCAGUUAAGCAAGAAGUUGAUCGCAAUGAAGACAUGAUCCGAAGUGCACUCCGAGCUAUUGCAUCCUUGAACCGCAUAAGCGGAGGAGAUUGCAGUGCCAAGUUCAAGAACCUUAUGAAUGAAAUAUCAAAAACACAAGCUCUAUGGGAUAAAUACUAUUCAAUCCGCAAUGAAUGA